CAAGAGUUCAUGUUCUGUAAUCUCUAUCUCCUAUGGCUUAAAUAAAACAUCACAACCUCCAAAUGAACAGCACACCGAGCCCUAUAGAAUAUGCUCUCUACCGUCUCCUUCCAGAAAGAGAAAUUAAGUCUACGAGAUCUGUCCUCUGUUCCAUUGCACCUUUUCCAUCCUGUGUCAAGCAGAAAAUGACCAUUGAAGAAUCAGAGCCAAGCCAUACAUCAGAUCACGUAUUGGAUUGGCUAGAGGAUUCAGUAUCGUUCGUGCCAUCUUUCUUUGAUGAUCCGUACAGCACAGCCGAUACCAAUCCCUAUCAAUGGUGGGAUCAAGCAGAAGAGUUUUACCAGGAUCUAGUCAACACCAACGCUAGUCUCAGCAGCAGCAUAACCACAAGCACCACCACAAAUAUCAAUACAACUAGCCUAGUACCACCAAUUACUCCCACCUUAUCUAAUCACCCACAAUCGACCACUUCAAACAAGAAACGGAAAGAUCCUGAAGACCCGGUUACCAAAACGUCCCAGAAUCAUCAUCAGAGAAAGAAUCCAAAUAAUUGGAUAAACAAGAAACAGCAAGAUGGUGAAGCAGUGGUAGUAGUGAAAAAAUCAAAUGGAAAUAAGAAAACCACCAACAAGGGUACAGGUAUUAACGGCAAUAACGGUAACAACAAGGAAGGGAGAUGGGCAGAACAGUUACUCAAUCCUUGUGCAGCCGCUAUCCCUAUUGGAAACAUGUCACGGGUGCAGCACCUUCUGUAUGUACUCCAUGAGCUAGCCUCAUUAACUGGCGAUGCUAACCACAGGCUAGCAGCUUAUGGUCUUCGAGCACUGACUCACCACCUAUCAUCCUCCUCAAGCUUGUCCUCAGCAUCUACAGGAACCAUUACUUUUGCUUCUACUGAGCCAAAGUUCUUUCAAAAAUCUUUACUCAAAUUCUACGAGGUGAGUCCUUGGUUUGCCUUCCCUCACAACAUUGCUAAUGCAUCUAUCCUUCAAGUUCUUGCACAGGAACAAGAUCCUAGGCGAAACCUUCAUGUUCUUGAUAUUGGGGUAUCCCAUGGUGUACAGUGGCCUACACUUCUUGAGGCCUUGACUCGCCGUCCUGGAGGACCUCCUCCUCUAGUACGCAUCACAGUCAUCACGGCCGCUUCUGAAAAUGAUCAAACCACUGAGACCCCGUUUUCAAUAGGUCCACCUGGAGACAAUUUUUCCUCCAGACUACUAGGUUUUGCCAAGUCUAUGAACAUCAAUUUGCAAAUCAAAAGGCUUGAUAACCACUCAUUACAAAAACUUAGUGGACGAAUAAUAGACACCAAACCCGACGAAGCAUUAAUAGUUUGUGCGCAAUUCAGACUCCAUCAUUUAAACCACAACACACCAGAUGAAAGAACUGAGUUCUUGAGAGUUCUGAGAAGGUUGGAGCCAAAAGGCGUGAUACUCACCGAAAACAAUAUGGAUUGUAGCUGCAACAGUUGUGGGGAUUUUGCAACAGGAUUUUCAAGGAGAGUAGAGUAUUUAUGGAGGUUUUUGGACUCAACAAGCUCAGCUUUCAAAGGCCGAGAGAGUGUCGAAAGACGGAUGAUGGAAGGCGAGGCAGCGAAGGCCUUGACAAAUCGUGGAGAGAUGAAUGAAGGAAAAGAAAAAUGGUGUGAGAGGAUGAGAGGGGUGGGAUUUGUUGGCGAGUUGUUUGGAGAAGACGCCAUUGAUGGAGCUCGAGCACUGUUGAGGAAGUAUGAUAGUAACUGGGAGAUGAGAGGGGAAGGGAAAGAUGGCUGUGUGGGGUUAUGGUGGAAAGGGCAGCCUGUUUCUUUUUGUUCACUAUGGAAGUUGGAUAUGAAAGGAAGUGAGUCGAAACUUUAGCAGUAUCUUGUUCUCUUCAUGUAAAUGUGUGAUGUUUUUCUGGUAGACUAUGGAAGUGCUUCUGUUACAUAUCGUCUUUGAUAUUUUUAGUGAUGAUAUUACACAAGUGCAGCACAAAACAUUUGCUCCUUUCCGAGCACUAUGUAACCUACUCUACCUUCUCCUUCGACAGGGGUCGAUAACAAUGACAAAUUCCCUUCCAA